AUAUGCUGAUGGCGCUGCUGCGGGCGGACUGUCAGCGCGGCGUGCUGACGCUGCUGCUGCUGGCGGCUGCGCUGACAGACAUGUGUCGCGGGCAGUUGGGCCUGCAGGCGCCGGUGCUGGUGCAGGAGCCGCCGGCGCGGCUGCGCUUCUCCAACUCCACCGGGUCGCAGGUCAGCUGCGCGGCGCGCGGCAGCCCGCCCCCAGACGUCGCGUGGCAGCACGCAGACGGAUCACCUGUCACCGCGGUGCCCGGCCUCAGGCAGACCCUCGGCAAUGGCACGCUAUACUUUCCACCAUUCCGAGCUGAAGACUACAGGGAGGAAGUACACUCUGCCACAUACCGCUGCAAGGCAUCCAACCUGGGUGGCGCAGUUCUCAGCAGAGAUGUCGUAGUCCGAGCUGUGGUGCGGCAGGACUACGAGGUGCAGGUGUACCGCGCGCAUGCGCUGCUGGGCAACACGGCGGUGCUGCGCUGCGUCAUCCCGCCCUUCGUCCGGGACGACGUCUCCGUCUCCUCCUGGUUCCGGGACGACACCAUCAUCCUGCCGGGCAGCCACGAUGCAGGAAUAACCCGUCCAUACACAGCAACCUUCACACCGACACCGAGACAGUAG